GGACAGACACAUGCUGUUGGGGAUAUCCGAGGGCUUGACCGCCUUGGCGGAGAGCACCACCACGGGGCUCAGCGCGGUGGACGAUCAGCAAGGGGAGGAGGCCAAAUGGAUUGGAGAGAAGUCUGCAGAUGGCCGUACCUACUACCGGAGUCGCAAGAGUAAAGAGACGGUGCGGGUCUUGCCCGCCUUGGACCCUGAGAAAAAGGCCCUGGUCGAUGAAGCUCUCAGCCCCGCGCACCGCGCACAGUGCGUAUCCGUGCUUCCUAGGCAGCAGCAAGCACUCCAAGAGGCCUUGCUCAGCUCUCUGCCCGCUGAUGAACAGCCGAAGCACGAACGCCAAACCUCCCCGGAGCCGAGCCCCAACUCCGAUGCGGCGGCAGCAGCUCAGGAGGCAAAGGAACCAGAGAAGGACGCCCAGCAUGGGCUCUGUGAGGUGGUCAUCGUGAAAAAAUCUAGCGAGGUGGCGAAGAACGGCCGAACUUCCCGUCGCCAUCACCGAACGAUCAGAGCUGGCGACUUGGCGAUGGCGACCCAGCUGCAAACCAAUGGGCCUGGAGCAUUGCCCAAUUUGUUGCGCAAGGAAUUUUCGGUCAAAGCGGACACCAGCCCUGGACAGUUGGUCGGAGUGGUUGGCUGUGCUCCAGAGUCAGCCUGGCAUGCAUUGAGGGGGCGGAAAGGUGAGCCGUUUGCUGCCAGAAAAGGGGUGAUGAAUGGGCGUGCCCAGCGUGCUGUCGUGGUCCGCAUGAAACACACCAUGCAGGCUCAUCUGCAGCAAGCGGCUCUGUUGAAGAAGGUGGCCGAGUCCAUGAAGGAUCUGAGGGGCCCGCAUAGAGAGCCCGUGGAGCCCGUGCAGCCCGUGGAGCCCGUAGAGGCCGUGGAGCCCGUGGAGCCCGUGCAGCCCGUGGAGCCCGUAGAGGCCGUGGAGCCCGUGGAGCCCGUGGAGCCCGUGGAGCCCGUGGAGCCCGUGGAGCCCGUGGAACCAGUGGAACCAGUGGAGCCCGUGGAGCUCGUGGAGCCCGUGGAGCCCGUGGAGCCCGUGGAGCCCGUGGGCAAAUGUGCCGGUGGACCCGCAGUCUACAUUUCGAAGGAAGAGGUGGCACAAGCCAUUGACGCCCUCAACGGGUGA